AUGAAUACUAACAAAUUGAGGAUAAGUAAGUCCUUAACCAGAUAGCGACAAUCUCCUAUUCCAUCAUUAGAACCAAAAUUAUACGUUGGUCCACCAGUAAGUUAAUCGCCCCCUUAAAAAGCUAUGCAUCAAAUGACGUUUUAUUAAAGAUUGAGGUUAUAUUAUAAAUCUCAAAACACUUUAACUCCGAAACCAUGGAACUCUCCUUUGGAUGAACAAAGAACAAUUUUAAGAUUAAUUUCAGUACAUGACGUAAUUAAGUCGAAAAAGAAGGAAUUAUAAACUAGAGUCUCUAAAAAUGUUUAGAUUCAAACGAGCACUCAUAAACGAUUCGUGACUGAUAUGCCCAAAAUCUAGCCCGAUGCUCUUACUAAGAAAAUUAGAUUAAAUUUUAAAUCACCCAUCCAUGUGUUGAAUAAAACCAAUUCUUUUGGUCCUUGGGAUUCUCCUUUAUGA